AUGCCGGGCGAAGCUGUCCAGGUUAUUGUGCGGUGCCGCCCGCUGAACAAGCGAGAAAAGGCCCUCGAAUGCGGAACAGUCGUGGAAACCUUCACUGAUGUUGGCCAAGUCCAGCUCCACAAGCCGGGGUCGGACGACCCGCCGAAAAAGUUCACCUUUGAUGGUGCUUACGACCAGAAUAGCAAUAGCCAGAUGAUCUAUGAGGACGUUGGCUUUCCCUUGAUUGAGAGUGUGUUGGAAGGCUACAAUGGAACAAUCUUUGCCUACGGUCAAACUGGAUGUGGCAAGUCCUUCACCAUGGAAGGCAUUCCAGACCCACCUGAACAUCGCGGUCUUACCCCCCGCUCCUUUGAGCACAUUUUUCAAGAGGUGGCGGUGCGUGAAAACUGCAAGUUCUUGGUGCGAGCGUCAUACCUCGAAAUCUACAACGAGAACAUUCGUGACCUCCUUGGUCAAGACCACAAUGCCAAACUAGACCUCAAGGAGCACCCAGACAAGGGUGUCUAUGUCAAAGAUCUCUCGGAACACGUGGUCUCAAGCACGGAGGAGAUUCUGCGUCUAAUGGCCGCAGGCUCCAAGAAUCGCUCUGUCGGCGCUACACUCAUGAAUGCCGAUUCGUCUCGCUCCCACUCCAUCUUCACGGUCUGGGUUGAGGCAGCCGAGACCAUUGAGGGUGACGAGAAGCUACGAGCCUCAAAGCUCAACUUGGUCGAUUUGGCUGGUAGUGAACGCCAAGGCAAGACCGGCGCCACCGGCGACCGCCUCAAGGAGGCCACCAAGAUCAACCUCUCCCUCUCCGCUCUCGGCAAUGUCAUCUCUGCUCUAGUUGAUGGCAAGUCUAAGCACAUUCCCUAUCGUGACUCCAAGCUGACCCGCCUUCUCCAGGACUCCCUGGGUGGUAACACCAAAACGCUCAUGGUGUGUGCACUCAGCCCGGCGGACAACAACUAUGAUGAAACCCUCUCAACCCUACGCUAUGCCAACCGUGCCAAAAACAUCCAAAACAAGGCCAUUAUCAACGAAGAUCCCAAGGACGCCCUGUUGCGCCAAUACCAGGAGGAGAUCGAGCAGCUAAAGGCUCUUUUGGCCGGCCAGCUUUCCCCCGAUCAAGCGGCCAUGCUCUUAAGCGGCCUUAACCACAGACGAAGGCACCGAUGCUUCCGGCAAUGCAGGCACUGA